AAACACUGACAUUUCAUUUACAACAGUAGUACGAGAAAAUUAUUAGUAUUUUGUGCAUAAAUCGCAAGAUUUUAAAAUCGACAACAAACGGAACAGUUGUGAAUGUGAACGAAGAUGCAUUACAAUGGAAAACAACUAGUGUGUUUGAGUGUAUAAUUCGAGUUUGAUAUAUAGUUUUCUUCUAAUGCUGACAAGGGUUAUAUUUUGGCAGUUCGCCAGUGUUGGAGGUUUGACGAGCCGGUGGGGCCCGGAUAGUGUCUCCAUGUUUAAUGACAGCCCAGGGAACCGACAUGCUCAAGUACCUUACGCAGAAAUUCAGAUCUCAGACUUUAAAUGAAAUUCAGCCUUUUCAAAAUAAGGGCGAUGAGGACCACGACUCAGGGACGGAGUCGGACGAGGACAUUCACGACGAUCUAGAGGAUGUAGAUGACUCUGUUUCUGAUUGUUCCCACCAUUUUUGCUGUACGUGCAACCAAUCCUCCAUGUCUAGAACGACAACCCACGAAAUCAGCGAAUACAGCCUAGACAGCAUUAGCUGUACCUCCGACUACGAACGACAGAGCCUCGAUUUCGAGCGACAGAGCCUCGACUUCGAGCGACAUAGCUCAGAAGAGGAACUGUCCACAAUACACAAAGAGAUCGCCUCAGAAAAACGAAAAUGGUCUCAUGUUCAUUUAUCAAGCUGCGACAGUACCGGAAGUGUUGACGAGGAAGUCAAAGAACUAAUGCUGGAACCGCAACCGAUAAUGUUUAGUUCCUCACCUCCUAAGGACGUGACUGUCGAUUAUACUACAUGUAUUUCAUUUAAUCAUGAUAAUGAACAGAAUUGUGAAGGAACCAUCCAUUUCAUAGUCGGACCAGAGUCUCAAAAUUCUAGUUUAAGAUCAGAAAACCCAUGUGAUAAAGUAUUAAGUCAUGAUAAAAAGAAAAACCAAAUUUUAUCUUCACACUCGAAACUGUCUUUUCCAAAGGGAGCCGUUCCGGCAUUAAUAUCGCCAAGAAAACGACAUCGCAAGAUUUCAGUCUCGGAAAGCGGAAGUGAAUCGUCCGCCUUAAGGCGACCCAGUCUAGACUUCGAGAAAAUGCAGAAGAAUGCAGUGAAAAAACAAUGUGUACACAAUGUUGGCAAAGCAAAAGUUGUAAAGGUCAAGACCGUGAGCGGAGGUAAUACGGUAACAUCAAAAUGUUUGUCCGACCCCUCCAUUUUCUCCUUCCGGUCCAUUAGCAGCGUCCGGUACGGUCCACUGACGCCGGUGGAACAACCGCCUUGUGCUCACUAGUGAUGACGUCAUGAAAUGUCAACACAGAAUGUUUCAGAGACGACACACGACACAAGAGCCUGUGCGCGAUUUUACAUUCAAAAACAGUGUUUGCAAAGACAGUGUAUGUUAUAUUGUGUUAAGAACUUGCUAUUAUUUUUCUCAGGCAGAACUGAUUUUCUCAGGACAAGAUGAAAAGAACAACGCCAAUGGGGACUAGGGAACGUAGUAUGGACGUGUUUGGGAUGAGAGUAACAGUGCGCGUUUCUGCUGCACAAAACGGACAAGUUGUGUUUAACACUGAUCAUGUAAUGUUUUGUGGGUUUUUUCUUUUGAAAAAGUGACGAGAAAAUGGCAAAUCAUUGCUUUAUUCGUAAUAUUUGGGUAUACACAUUUUGUACAUUUCAUGGAACUUAACUUGCCAUAUACCAUUUAUUUUCAUAUUCUUUAUACUUGUCAUGGAUAUGUACAUUGUACGCGUACGCACAAUUUUUUAACUUUCUACAUAGAAGAGUGUGUGUAUAUGUGAGUAGUCCUCCCCACAUUUUCUACCUCCAACACUAGAGAUUAGGCGAUGUCUUUCCAAUGUUGUAUAACCAUUGUGGUCACAAAAGUGACAAAAGUUCAUACAACCUUUAGUUUUUUAUUCUAUAUACGACUGUUGAUAUUUUUCUGUAUGCUUAGUUGUGAUGAGAUGGAGUUAGGUGGUUAUAUAACAACCAAUUUUCUUCAUAAAUAUUCAUGUACAGGUAUUAGUAUCUGUAAGAUUUGCACACUUUUCACCAUGUACAUAGCUUGUGAUGUGGAAUAUUUCUCAUGAUCAUCGUUACUAAAACGAAAGUAAUUCUACACUAUAAACAUGAUAGGAAAUAAGCAUGUUCACAAGACCAUUUGUAUAGGACUAUUGUGCAAUAUACGCCUUUUCAAUCUAUAACUGUUUUGAUGCUGCGUAUUUUGAGGAUUGCGGGUCGAUCUAUUUUAUAUACGUAUCACUUGACUUGUGAUCCAGAACUCCUUUAUAAGACGCACAAAAUACGGAUGUUUACCUAGCAGUUCCUUUUCCUGUUUGUUUAGAAAUCUUUGUAAAAAUGUGUUUUACAAAAUUUUUGAUGUUGUAAGUCCGCAUAUAUAAUUGAAUGGAAGGGUCUGUGUAUUUAUAACCCGCCGCAGCUCUUCGCCCGCAGCAGGACAAGAACGAAAUCUGACAUCGUAUAGAACGCCAAUUACCCCUAUUAUUUACCCCCUCCUUACCGUAUUUUAUUAUUCUUUAUCAACUAGACUAAAGUAGAAAAUAUGAUCAAACGUCAGCCCGCUGCUUGUUUAAAUCAUUUUUACAUUUCUUUACAUAUCAAAGUAUGGUACAGCCGACGACGCGGUUACACGCCAUUAAAAAAACAAAAAAAUAAUUCCGGAACUAUAGGAAUCGAUACCAAUUUUGUGGGUAAUAUACAUUGAUUAAAGUCAAUCAAAUACAUGUGUGGCACGCUUUGAAAAAUCUGAUAUCAAAAAAAUUUACCCUCCAACUGUUUGGCUUGCAAAACAGAGGUCGAUGUAAAGGAUUUGAUCAGGGCACCUGAUAUUACGUACCACGCAAUUCUGUUAGCCUUGACCUUGCAAUUCGAGUAUUUUUCUUGAAUCAAAAGGAUUAAAAGUCUUUUUUAAUCAAUAAUUUCUCGAGUCCCAAGCCCUGGCAUUAUGUGUAAUCUUGCAACUUUGCGAAAUGGUGAAAAGAAUAAUAUUUUUAUAAAUCUAUUUUCCUUAAAGUAUAUAGAUAGUUACUUUAAUUUUCGGUUACAUUUGAUACCGACUUAAUUAAGAAUAUACGAUUGUACAGUGUAUUUUCUCUUUGCCUGACAUGUACUAUUAUUAUACGUGCAGAUACAUAGUGUGUAACUAAAGGAACAAGCAAUGCAGGUGCAGUAACAAUUAAUAAAAUAUAAAAUUUGUUCUUACA